AUGGGUGGUAAGAAGAUUGAACAAGUUAAGGGUGAUAUUGAAAUUACUGGAGUUGAUUUCGCUUACCCAUCUCGUCCAAAUACUAAUGUCAUGACUGAUUUCAGUUUGGAUAUCAAAUCUGGUCAACAAAUUGCUUUGGUUGGUCCAUCAGGUUCAGGCAAGUCAACCAUUGUAGGUCUUUUAGAAAAAUUCUAUACUCCAAAUAAGGGUACAAUUAAGAUUGAUGGAGUUGAUGUUGCUGAGCUCGAUCCAAUGUGGUUGCACAGAAAUUGUUUGGGUAUUGUCUCACAAGAACCUGUAUUAUUUGCUGGAACAAUCAAAUAUAACAUUGCCUAUGCCUUGUUAGGUCCUAAUGAUAGUGUCGAAUCUGGUAAAGUUGUCACCAUGGAACAAGUUGAAAAUGCUGCCAAGAGAGCUAAUGCUCACAGCUUUAUUAUGGAUUUGCCUGAAAAGUAUGACACUAUUUUGGGUGAAAAGGGUGUUUCCUUGUCUGGUGGUCAAAAACAAAGAAUUGCCAUUGCAAGAGCUCUCUUGCAAGAUCCAAAGAUUCUCUUAUUGGAUGAAGCCACAUCUGCUCUCGAUACUGAAUCUGAAAGAUUAGUUCAAGCUGCUUUGGAUGAAUUGAUGAAGGGAAGAACAACCAUUUGUAUUGCUCACAGAUUGACAACUGUCAUUAAUUCAGAUGUUAUCUGUGUCUUAGUUAAGGGUGUCAUGAAAGAAAAGGGCACUCACAGCGAGCUCAUUAAGAUUCCACAAGGUAUCUAUAGAAACUUGGCAGAAAAGCAAAUGAUCUUUACUGAAGAAAAGGUCGAAGAUGUUGAAGAUGUCAUGGACGUACUUGUGGAUGAUGAAAAUAUUGUCGAAGUUGAAAAUGAUGAAGAAUAAAUGUAAAUACUCUAUU